CUAGGAGGUCAGAUGCCCAGGGAACAUGGGGACCCCCAGGAGCUCAAGGGGAGAGUCUGGGAUGGGGGAGGGACAGCCAAGAGCGAGGUGAUACACAGCCCAUCGAGCGGGAACAGCGCAGGGAGCGAGGAGAGGGCCAAAGGUGGGAGAGGACAGCCGGGGGCGCAGGGGGACGGCCGAGGAGGGAGGGGGCAGCCAGGGUGUGAGGGACAGUCCCGGAGCAAGGGGAGCGCCAAAGGCGGCAGGUAACCGUCCAGGGCGUGGGGGACAGCGCGGAGAGAGCCCAAGGGGGAAAUUACAGCCGGGGUGUGGGGAGACAGUCCAGGUGCGCGGGGACAGCCCGUUGAUCCAGGAACACUCGGCGGGCAGGAAGCACAGGGUGCAAGGCCGGGACUACGCGUCCCAGCAGGCGGCGCGCGGGCGCAUCACUUCCGGCGGCGGCGGGCGGCGCGUGUGGGAGCGAGCGGGCGGGCUAGUGUUUACUUCCGGACGCCGGGGCUGAGGCCGAUCGCGUCGGGCGGCGGGCGCGGCGGCCCCGCGCAGCCAUGGACUGGCUCAUGGGGAAGUCCAAAGCCAAGCCCAAUGGCAAGAAGCCCGCUGCGGAGGAGCGGAAAGCCUACCUGGAGCCUGAGCACACCAAGGCCAGGAUCACCGACUUCCAGUUCAAGGAGCUGGUGGUGCUGCCCCGCGAGAUUGACCUUAACGAGUGGCUGGCCAGCAACACCACGACGUUUUUCCACCACAUCAACCUGCAGUAUAGCACCAUCUCGGAGUUCUGCACAGGAGAGACGUGUCAGACAAUGGCCGUGUGCAACACACAGUACUACUGGUAUGACGAGCGGGGGAAGAAGGUCAAGUGCACGGCCCCGCAGUACGUUGACUUUGUUAUGAGCUCUGUGCAGAAGCUGGUGACGGAUGAGGACGUGUUCCCCACAAAAUACGGCAGAGAAUUCCCCAGCUCCUUUGAGUCCCUGGUGAGGAAGAUCUGCAGACACCUGUUCCACGUGCUGGCGCACAUCUACUGGGCCCACUUCAAGGAGACGCUGGCCCUGGAGCUGCACGGACACUUGAAUACGCUCUACGUUCACUUCAUCCUCUUUGCUCGGGAGUUCAACCUGCUGGACCCCAAAGAGACCGCCAUCAUGGACGACCUCACCGAGGUGCUAUGCAGUGGGGCCGGCGGGGUCCACAGUGGGGGCAGCGGGGAUGGGGCCGGCAGCGGGGGCCCGGGAGCACAGAACCACGUGAAGGAGAGAUGAGCCCCCCGGGCCGGACAGGGGCGCACGUGUGCAAAGAGACGGUGGUGUGUGUCCUCUCCUGCAUCUGCGUGUGCACACAUGUGCUGGGCACGCGUGUGGUGAGGUCUGUGAGGGCCCUGGGCUGCACUGGUGUGGGCUGCACAGACGCAGACGGCCCUGGCCGUGUCCUGUGGCCCCCUGUCGGAAGGAUGCGUGCCAUUUGUAGAGAAGAGCCUUUGGGCCCGUUCACUCGUGCAGCAGACACGCAUGGGACUGAUGCUUUGAGUUUUCUUCUGUGGGGUUUUCCUUUCUCUGGUCUCCGUGCAGCCCCUGCCCUCCCUCCGGUGCUGCUGGCCUCAAAGGAGGAACUCGUGGGGGGAGGGUGUGAUUUGCAGACCUGGGUCUCUGCUCUGCUCUGGGGGUGGGGCUUGCUCUCACAGAGACCCUCCUUCCUUCUCGCCCCUCCUCUCCCGGCCUCGCUAGGAGUCUUGGCUGUCGGCAGCUCAGAGGUGGGGGAGGCCUGUGGUGCGGGGUGCCGUGCACCUGCUCCUGUUCCUGUCACCCCUUCCUGCUGCCUCCUCCAUGCCUAAGGAACACCCAUGGUGCAGUCCUCAGGCAAGGCCAGGACAGGGCUGAGGCCCUGCGUGGAGAUGCUGCACCAGCAGAAGGCUGAGACCCGCUUACCUUAGUUCAUCUGUUCACUCGUAAUAAAAAUAAUUCUCUCAGGUCA